GACGAUUCCCAUCGAUAAGGCAGAGAGAACAUGGAAGGAAGAAAAAGAGAAAAGGUCAAUUGGAAUGGAAGCUCACAGUAACAACUUGCCUUGCCUCCGACUUCGCCAAAUGAAUCUUCAAAGUUCAAAGCAUUCCUACCUAGUCUCUCCAGCUAGUCACAGCACAGCUCCACCCAGUUUGGUAGUUCAACUCGUCAUCCAUCCGAAGUUUGAACAUAUUGGACAUGAUCUAUUAAUAAGCUAGGUAACCCUUGCUGUGCGACAUAACAAAUCGAGAAUAUCCUGCCUUCCAAUUACAAACUACGGUUUGAUAACCAACCAAGCAAACGAGCAGGCAAGCUCCAUCGAUCUAUUGCUCGCGAAAAGCUUCCUCCCAUCUAGUUUAGCUCUCUGUCUUAUCGAUGUGGACUUCAUUGUGAAAUUUCAGACGAGGGGCAGACAAGACAAGACUUAAUGUUUGCAAAAGACUCGCGGAUUUGUGAUCAGUUAGCCUAUAUAGGCAAUCGAAAUGGCUACGAGUGAGUCUGCCAUCAUGUCGCGGUUGCAGAUAGGAGGGAAUACUACCGACGGUGGGGAGAAAAUGGUAGAGAAGAAGAGAGAGGCAAAGAAUUAUAGAGGAUUUGUGGCGGGUGUGUUUUCGGGAGUUUCAAAACUUACUGUUGGGCAUCCAUUCGAUACCAUAAAAGUCCGUCUACAAACCUCCACAUCAUCUCAAUUCAACGGGCCACUUCAAUGUCUUCUCCUCACCAUUCGCAACGAGGGCUUCACCGGUCUCUACAAGGGUGCCACUCCCCCUUUAGUAGGCUGGAUGUUCAUGGAUAGUAUUAUGCUCGGUUCCCUAACCUUCUACCGCAAACUUCUCCAUCAAACCCUCUUCUCCCCCUCUCGCAUGGCCGCCACCCCAUCUAGUCUCGCGCGUCCCGGUGAUUCCCUCACGCCCUCUCAAAUCCACAAACUGCCCACUGUAGGCCACGCCCUCGCUGGUGUCAUGGCAGGCGCAACCGUAAGUUUCAUUGCGGCCCCCGUCGAACAUCUAAAAGCACGUCUACAAAUCCAAUACUCGAGUAAGAAAUCUGAACGUCUAUAUAGCGGUCCCAUCGACUGCGCACGUAAAAUUUACCGGUAUCAUGGUAUACCAGGCCUCUACCAUGGUCUCUCCGCUUCUCUUUUCUUCCGUUCCUUUUUCUUCUUCUGGUGGGGUUCUUACGACGUUUUCACACGUCUGUUGUCAGAAAAAACACAAUUGAGUACCCCCGCCAUUAAUUUCUGGGCUGGCGGUCUCUCGGCACAAGUUUUCUGGAUGACGAGUUACCCGAGUGAUGUGGUUAAACAACGGAUUAUGACAGAUCCACUAGCCGGUGGAUUGGGAGAUGGGGUGCGCAAAUUUCCGAAUUGGAAGAGUGCGGCGAGGGAGGUGUAUAGGGAGAGUGGAUGGAAAGGGUAUUGGAGAGGCUUCCUACCCUGUUUUUUGAGAGCUUUCCCCGCGAAUGCGGUUGCGCUAGUGGCGUUUGAGGGCAUUAUGAGGGCGCUGCCUUGAUGUGUAUGUGCAUACGCAGCUGCGCAUAUACUCCAACGACAAAAAUUCUAGAAGAUCGGAAAGUUGCUGGAAAGAGUGUAAGAUAUUGUAUAGCGAGAGAUGACGAGAAGCAUGCAUACAUGGCGUUAGGAACUGCAUAUCGAUUUUUGCGGGAGAUGAACAGACACCAUCUCCAAUUAACUAGAGGAACCGGAGGGAAUUCACCUAUACACGUAAUGAUUUACAUGAGAGAGGUGUUGUACAAGAUAUGGAUAGAUGAAAGAGAAGACAUACUGGUAGAACCCAGCAUACCAGCAUAUAUGGCUAGAUCAGAUGGAUACACAUCUCCGUAUCUAUCUAUCGCUACCUAGACAAACACACAAAAAGUGUCACUGUCUUGUGCAAUUGAGAAAUUGGGCAAUCGGGCAGUUAGAAUUUAGUAAAAGUAAAAGUAGAUGUAGAUGUAGAAGUAGAUAGAACUCAACUCAAAAUAAACUCAAAUCCAAAUUCAA